GGCUACACGUGUUGGGUACUAUCGAAAUAUUGCUCUCUUUAGACAACGUAAGUUAAAGGGGGGUCGUGAAGCUCAAUGUCGACAAAGGUUUGAAUUGAUGAACGAUGUGGUCACUUCUAUUGUACCUUCUCGCCAUGACAGUGUUCCUGUUACCCAGACCGGGGACCGGAUCACACUUCAGAUUCGGUACAAUCAGCUGUGCACCAUCUCCGGGCAAUGCACUGCAGGCGCGCUGUUCUUGGCGAUCGGCCUGGAGAUUAACUGACGGCCCAUGCAGGAACCCGUGCACAGAAGAAGACGUGGGACAACUCACUACUGGGCUCCUGGGGUUCUGGCAGUGUUUCUUAGGCUGCGGAUUCGCACAAAUCAUUGCCCCACAUCGAUACUACCUCACCGCCAUUGACAGGGACGACUUUUGGCAACAGGGAUACAAUGACUUUACAUUUAAUCUGCCAAAUGCCGGGGUGUUUGCGUUUGGAUACGUAGGCUGUUGCUGGGUAACGUUGGUCUAUGGAGGGGGAAGCUGGGCCGUCUAUACCGAAUAUAAUGCCGGCAUUCGAAGCGACACGGGAACACCCAACUCCAGUCCCAUAACCACAAGCAAGCCACUUAUUGACAUGGAUAUUUUAUGCGGAUAUCGAUUUGAGAUCCCGUACGCGGAUGCAGACGGAGAUACUGUGCGAUGUCGCUGGGGAACGGGCUUUGAGUGUGGUGGUAUAUGUAGCAGACUUCCAGGGGCCACUUUGUACCCAAACUGUACUCUAGUAAUCCCGGCUUCUGCCCGUCCUCUGUACGGUAACGGUCUAUAUGGCGUAGCAGUAAUGCUGGAGGAUUUCCCGACAUCCAGUAUAACACAGGGGGGCGUGCCGAAAGAUGGAUCGACUCCCCUGUCAAAGGUACCAUUACAGUAUAUUGCUCGAGUAAAGGAUGGUUGCGAUUGCAACAGCCGGCCAUCUUUUACAAACCUUCCAGUGAGUGAAUUCAUAAGUCCAGAACAGCUUUACGCGAUAAACAUUUCGGCAACUUCCCCGAACGGAAUAAGUACCAUCAAGGUCAUCCCACCAGUAGGCGCAAAUGUGGGUCCAAUAGUUCCGAUAGAUGGCACCACUUCCUAUGUCAAUUUGACCUGGACACCGACCACUGCGCAGCUCGGUGCGGUCCAGCUAUGUUAUGAAGCCACAAACAGUAAUGGUUGUCCCGGGCCCUUCCAGUGUGAUACACUGCAAGUUGUAGAUGACCCCUGCUUGUUGGACUCACCCUGCUUAAAUAAUGGAACGUGUAGUAGUAUGGACGGUCAGUUCACGUGCAUCUGCACACCGUCCUUCACCGGGACACUCUGUGAGACACCCACCUGUAGAACGAACGCCGAUUGCAAUCCCAGUGCGACGGACUGUCUCGGCGUUACCGGGAUCACUUCAGACAUUGCUAGUGGGGUGCUGACGCCAAUAGCUAGUGUGAUGUGCAGCUUCAAUGGUCGCAAUACCUUGGAUGUCACUGUGGUCUACUACUGCAAUGCUGGGGCCUGUGCUGAAUUCACCACAAGUAAUACUCUAUUCUCCGAGUGCACUGUAGCGAACGCUUAUAAGAAUCUAAGCACAGAGACGCUAUGCAGCGUGGCAGACACGGUGUCUCCAAUCUGUACGUUCAAUCCGUUCUUCCUCUUCUUCACGACCUCUGGAUACCGUUGUAUGUGCCCACUGGGGUCGUACCCGUUCAUAUUCCCUUUCUCUUAUGUUAGCAGAGCAUCCACGGCGGUGUCGGCGUGUUUUCCAAUUUCUGGUUCUCUCUGCAUAACCAACGACGACUGCAACGUUAGGGCGACGGACUGUCUUGGCAUUCCAACUCGUCCUAGUUUGGGCUCUCCCUCUGAAUUCCUGGGAGGGAUAUCCUCGGACAUUGCAAGUUUCCUAACGGCGAUAACUAAUGUGAUUUGCAGUUUCAAUGAUCGCUACACCGUUGAUGUCACGCCCGUCUACUAUUGCAACGCAGGCAGCUGCGUGGAAUACGACACGAGUCCUCUGGAGAAUGCGCCAGUUGUGAACGGAAGUAUUCUUUUCUACGAAGGUCUUGUCAGAGAUUUCUUUCCGUCUUUAUUCUCAACAUAUCCCAAUGUGGUGCCAGAUCCGAGUACUGGGAACCGCCUGACGUACCUCGCUCAAAAUAUCUACACGACGGUCUUUAGGAAACUGUUUCCGCCAUAGUAAAUGGCUGCGCCGAUUCCUGCGUUGAGUACAAGUGCCAUUGGAAAUAUCCCAUGUCUAAAACAUACAGUAGCUUAUAGCGUAUUAUGUUUAUUGAAUAUGUAAAUAAUACCGUUGUUUUUACCUCGUUGAUUACAGUUAAGGUCUUAUUACAUGCGCUGGAUGUUUCAACUUCUCUUUCUCUUAGUUUAUGUCUUUUUAUUCUUUUUUCUUCGUUGUCUGUUUCUCACUUGUUCUUUCACAAGCAGUAUAUAUUAUCGGAUAGUCGAAAUAUUUAAUCUCAGUUAUCAUAAUCUGUUGCCUUUGAUUACGUGUAUAGAUAAUAUUUAAUUUUUGAGAAUUCGUUGUCUACUAUUUUACUAUGAACUUUACAGAAAGAUGAUAACUAGUAAAAAUUGGUGGUAUUAUUGUUGUUAUUAUUGGUAAGGUAAGGUUUCAUUUAUUUGUGAAACGUUUCAUCUGAGAGCACCGGACAUUGUUAUAUACAAAUGCAACAAUGAAAGCAUGUCUGUGUCGAAAAGGUGUUGAAGCAUAUGUCUUUGAAUAUUUGAUUAUGUUCAAAUAAAUCGCCCACCCUUUCAAAGUUUGCCAUACACGGAUACUGCUGAAAUGUAUAUGUACUGUAGAACGGUGCUAGAUGUAAGCCACAAAUAACAUAUGUAAUCAUAAACCAUUGAACUGUACGGUAUAAAUAAAAAGUGGCUUAGAAAUUGACAUUCCUUUCCACAGCGAACUAUAUUUUGUUUGACAUCGUAUUUGGAUAAUACGAUGCAUGGCUUCCUUUCAUGGCGAUCUUCCUAAAGUCAAAAGGUCGUAAGAGAAAGUUUUAAGUUUGGGGCAAGGUAAAACAGCUAGAUGGGCAUUUUUGUGUAUUUACCUAGUUUGAUUUUACUAUCACUUUGAAUUGUGGUCGAUCAAUCCCCAUGAAAUGUCAUGAUUCACCUAGAAAUAUUAUUUUCUAUAGAUGCCCUUGAUACAGUAAAUUAAUUACUUCAUUAAUUGAAGCAUGCUGUACAUAUUUAUAGACUAUUCCUCAAAACUGUCUCAUUAAGAAUGUAUUUAUGUAAAUAUUAUGCAUAGAAGAGGAAUGUUGUAUGCUUAUUUUAAGGUAUUUGUGUAUUCUGGAUGUUAAAUAGCAGGAAUGUGCAUACUUAUUAAACUUUUAAUUUGUAGAA